AUGUCGGGCAACAAAUUAAACGUGGCAGUAGCCGGCCUCGGCCGCAUGGGCCUGCGACAUGCUCGCCACUUUGCAACCCUCACACCAAAGGCCAACCUGAUCGCCGUCAGCUCACCAGUCCAAGCGGAACUGGACGCGGCGGUGGCCGAGUUCGGGCCCCUGAGGACGUACCUGGACUACGAUGAGAUGCUCAGGAAGGAGUCCACGCUGCAGGCCGUGGUCGUCUCGAGCGCGACGACGGUGCACGCGGAGCAGGCCAUCAAGGCCAUCGAGAAGGGCCUGCACGUGCUGUGCGAGAAGCCCCUCAGCACGAGCGUCGAGGUCUCCCAGUCCGUCGUCGACGCGUACAACAAGUCGCUGAAGAAGAACCCGGCACAAAAGGUCAUCUGCGGCUUCUCGCGCAGGUUCGACGCCUCGUACCGGGACGCCUACAAGCGCCUCCAGUCAGGGUCCAUCGGCACGCCGUCCGUCUUCCGCUCGCAGACUGCCGACAAGCUGGACCCCUCGGGCUUCUUCGUCGCCUAUGCCGAGUUCAGCGGUGGCAUCUUCGUCGACUGCUCCAUCCACGACAUUGACCUGGCGCUGUGGUUCUUCGGCGAGGACAGCAAGGUGAAGAGCGUGUCUGCCGUGGGCAUCACGGCUGUGCAACCCGAUCUGAGGAAGCACAACGACCGAGACAACGCCGUCGCUGUUGUCGAGUUCUAUCUAUUCUGCUCCCGCAUGAUGGCUGCUGGUCAGGAGGACACGACCGAGAUCUUCGGCACAGCUGGCAAGAUCGCUGUUAACACACAACCUCAGCUCAACCUGGUCAACCUGUUUGAGCCCAAUGGCAUCCGCCGUGAGAUUCCUUCCGACUAUUACGGCCGUUUCAGGGAAGCGUUCAUUACCGAGGCCAACGAGUUCACGGAGAGCUGCCUGAACAACACGCCACCACCAUUGAAGCUGGAGGGCGCGGUGAACGCAGUCAGGAUCGGAUGUGCCUUGCAAGAGAGCUUGAUCACAGGGAAGAAGAUCGAGUUCGACGAGAGUGGAAAGAGGAUCGAAUCGCCUGAGCGGGCAAGGCUGUAG